GCGCAUCCAACCUCUCCGGCUGCGCCGGCUCCUUUUAAAGCAGCGCUUCCCUCCUCAGUUGCUCUCCGCGCUUUUGCUAGGCAAGGUUUCCAAUUCCCGGCUCUCCCCGCGCGCCGGGAUCCUCCUUCCCUCCUCACUUCGGCCGCGCCGUCCCGGUCCGUUGCGCUUGUUUCGCUCGCUGGACUUUCUGCGCCUUCUUGUGAGGAAGCAAUGAAAGCCUUUCUGUGGCCUUUGGCGCCCAGCGGCUGGUGGCCGUGCCUCUUCUUGCUCCUGCUCCCGGGCAGCUCGGCUCAAGCUUUCGGGAGACGUUACGAAGAGCGGGUUUGCCCUGACCGAUGCGACCGUGCGCGGUGCCCGGAGGUGCCCGUCGAGUGCGCGGGAAGCGGCCAGACGCUCGACUCCUGCGGCUGCUGCCCCGUGUGUGCCGCGCAAGAAGGCGAGUCUUGCGGAGGGUCCCCGUUCGGGGAGCCGUUGUGUGCCGAAGGGCUGUUGUGUGUGCUGUCGUCCGGGGGACCCGGAGUGGCGGCUUCGGCCACGGUGCGGAGGCGAGCGAAAGCCGGCCACUGCGUGUGUGCUGGGAACGAGCCGGUGUGUGGCAGCGAUGGAAGGAGCUACGGCAACCUGUGCCAGCUGCGGACCGCUAGCCAGCGCUCCGAAAGUCAGCAUCAGCCGCCCGUCAUCGCCAUCCAGAGGGGCGCCUGCGGUCAGGGCCAGGAAGAUCCCAAUAGUCUGCGGUAUAAAUACAAUUUUAUUGCAGAUGUGGUGGAGAAGAUAGCACCCGCUGUGGUUCAUAUAGAAUUGUUUCGCAGAUUGCCUUUUACAAAAAGGGAAGUUCCUGCUGCCAGUGGCUCAGGAUUCAUUGUUUCUGAAGAUGGAUUGAUUGUUACAAAUGCUCAUGUGGUUACCAAUAAGAACAGAGUGAAAGUGGAACUGAAGAAUGGUGUGACAUAUGACGCUAAAAUUAAAGAUAUCGAUGAGAAAGCAGAUAUUGCACUAAUAAAAAUAGAUACUCAGAGGAAGCUUCCAGUCCUCCUCCUUGGACGUUCAGCAGAGUUACGGCCUGGUGAAUUUGUGGUUGCAAUUGGAAGUCCAUUUUCUCUCCAAAAUACAGUCACUACUGGGAUUGUUAGCACUACCCAGCGAGGAGGCAAAGAGUUGGGACUUAGAAAUUCUGAUAUGGACUACAUCCAAACAGAUGCCAUUAUCAAUUAUGGGAAUUCUGGAGGACCUUUGGUGAACCUGGAUGGGGAAGUGAUUGGUAUUAAUACUCUGAAGGUCACUGCUGGAAUCUCCUUUGCAAUACCAUCAGACAAAAUUAAAAAAUUUCUCACUGAAUCACAUGACCGACAAUCCAAAGGAAAAGCUGUAACUAAGAAAAAAUACAUUGGCAUUCGAAUGAUGUCUCUCAGUCAGGGUAAAGCUAAAGAACUUAGGGAACGCUAUGAAGAUUUCCCUGAUGUUAAUUCUGGAGCCUUUAUUAUUGAAGUAAUUCCAGACACACCAGCUGAGAUAGGAGGCCUGAAAGAAAAUGAUGUGAUUAUAAGCAUUAAUGGGCAACCAAUAAUUUCUGCCAAUGAUGUCAGUGACAUUAUCAAAAAAGACAGUACACUCAGUAUGGUAGUACGCAGAGGAAAUGAGGACAUUAUUCUAACAGUUAUUCCUGAUGAAAUUGACCAUUAAAUAGAAACAUGAGCUGGAUUUCAUGCUACAAGCAGGCACUGACUGUUUAUAUUAUCUCUGUGCUGGUACAGAAAACAGUAGAUUUUGACCAACUAUCCAACUAUGUUUAGUGGUAUUGUAUUGCUGAAUAAAGUAAUUUUUCAAUA